AUGGGAGGCGGUCUGAGCCCUCCGCGAGCCCUGCUCAUCGAGUGGGCCACCAAUCGGGACAAGUAUCCCUAUGGCGAGCGGCGCGGUCCUUUCGUCAUCGUCAUUGGAGGCGUGUUGCUUGUUGCUACGCUGGCAGUCGUUGGUGCAAGGCUGUGGGCGCGCUGUAAGAUCAGACGCAACGCCGGCCUGGACGACUGGCUGAUCCUGGCAACCAUCCCCCUCUUACUGGUCUACGACGCCUGCCAUGCUCUGGGAUUCUUCUCCUAUGGCGUCGACCGUCACGCCUGGGAGGUCACCAUCACCCAAGCCGUGGGCAUUCGCAUCAUCACCUGGUGCAUCGCCGUCGGCUACAUGCUCAUCACUUCCAUGGUCAAGAUUUCCAUUCUCAUGUUCUACCGCCGCCUCAGUGAAGGCAGCGUUACCAAGUCCUGGAUCUGGACUGUGCGCGCCUUCAUCGCCUUUGUCAUUCUAUACGCCGUCGUUUUCACCCUUAUGCUGUUCGUCGACUGCCGGCCGCUGCACGCCUUCUGGAACAAGAUGGACCCCGAAUGGGCCCUGACCAACAACUACACCUGCUUUAACGAAGGCGCCGACUUCAUCGCCUCAGCCAUCGUCAGCGUCAUCACCGACGCAGCCGUGUGCGUGCUCCCGCUCCUCGUUGUCCGGCGUCUGCAGAUGCCACGGAAGCAAAAAUGGGCACUAAGCGCCCUCUUCGGCGUCGGGUUCUUCCUCUGCCUCUGCGGCAUCAUGCGCGUCGUCUACAUGUACAACAUCUACUACACCACGUACGACACCACCUGGGCCGCCGCCACCGUCUGGUCCUGGACCCUCGUUGAGACGCACUUCGCCAUCAUCUGCGCGUCGGCGCCCGCGCUGAAGCUCUUCUUCCGCCGCUUCCUGCAGUCGACCCACGGCCAAAGCUACACCACCCGCCAGCGCCAGGACUACAACAACUUCGGCAGCAGCGCCGAGCUGGGCGCCAUGGGUGCGUCGGCCGGCGGCGACGGCAGGCGCGCCAAGGAUCUCGAGGGCGGCGAGGGCGGCAUCUACAUGGCGGACAUGCUGAGGGAGGGGUUCGCGUCGACGAAUGGCAGCAAGUCGCCUGUGUCGGUGACGGUUACGGAUGCGGAGAGCGCCGAGGAUGACGGGCUGGCGGAUGUGGUGGCGGGGAUUGAUAUGCGCACCAUGGAGGAGCGGUCGACGAAGAGCAUUGUGCGGAGCAGGGGGAGUACGGACAGUAUAUUGGAGACGAGAUGA